UAUAAACAAAGUCAUUCUAUAUUUUCUAGAUUUUUCAUUUAUCUCUCUCUUGCAGAAAACAAUAUUAGAAAGAGAAAAGAGAGAUGUACGGAUUUACGAGUUUGAGCAGUAAGGAGAAGGAGGUUGAUCUAGAGGCAGGAAAUGGAGAGACUUUGUAUCCAGGUUUGGGUGUUGGAGAGAAUCAGUUACGUUGGGGUUUGAUCCGUAAGGUUUAUGGGAUUCUUUCUGCUCAGCUUCUGCUUACGACAAUCGUUUCUGCUGCUACGGUUCUUUAUACUCCUUUUAAUACCCUUCUCGGAGAUAGUCCCGGCCUCCUUUUGCUCCUCUGCAUCGUGCCUUUUGUUUUGCUGUGGCCCUUGCAUGUGUAUCACCAGAAGCACCCUGUCAACUUGAUUGUUCUUGGUCUCUUCACUGUGUCGCUAAGUCUAUUAGUUGGAGUAAGCUGUGCUCAAACCGAUGGGAAAAUUGUGCUCGAAGCACUAAUUCUAACCUCAGCUGUGGUCUGCUCUCUAACUGCCUACACUUUCUGGGCUGCUAAGAAGGGUCAAGACUUCAGUUUCCUGGGACCAAUUUUGUUCACUAGCCUUAUCAUUCUCAUUCUAACCAGUUUUAUCCAGAUGUUCUUCCCUCUUGGCUCUACAUCUACUGCUAUCUAUGGUGGACUUAGUGCUCUGGUUUUCAGUGGGUACAUUAUCUACGACACUGACAACUUGAUCAAGCGCUUCACAUAUGAUGAGUAUAUAUUGGCCUCUGCAGCUCUCUACCUGGACAUCCUCAAUCUGUUCCUUUCCAUUUUAAGGGUUCUGAGUCAAAGAAACAAUUAGUUUGUACAGGAUACUGUCAAGUCUGCAUUAGCAUGCAAACUACUUCUUCAUAAACACUGAUUCCAGUUAAGAUUGUGGAUAUUGGUAUACGUUUCAGAUGAAUUCUUCUAUGUUAUACCAGUGCCGAGAGUGCUGUUUAUUA